CUGAGCCACGCAGCUAUCAAUCUAUGUAGCCCAAACCCGAAGGCUGAGAUCAGGUGGCAAAGAAGAGGCAUUGGUCAGCCGCGGUGGCGAAUUCAGUUUUGGCAAGCUAUCGCGGUUGGCCAUAGCGAUUUCUCUUGCAACUAAACGCAUUUUCAUUACAAGAAAACGCUCGCUCAUGGCUAACCGGCUGAUUUUCUUUCUCGUUAUGGUGAUUUUCCUCUUAUCAACUUGUUAUGCUUCUGCUUAUACGUUCUCUGAUAUUGGAAAUGAAGAUGUUGACAGCAGAAGGAAUGAUUUGUAUCGGGAAAUCUUGAGAGACGAGGCAGUUGCAAGGCUCAAUGACCUUGGAAAGGUGAGUGAUGCUGAUGGCUAUCUUGAGAGGACAUUUAUGAGUGCAGCUUCUGUGAAGGCUGGAAAUCUUAUUCGUAGUUGGAUGGAGGAUGCUGGUUUGAUGACGUGGAUGGACCACAUGGGCAAUGUACAUGGUCGAGUUGAGGGAUCAAAUCCAAGUGCUGAGGCUCUCUUGAUUGGUUCUCAUUUGGAUACUGUUGUUGAUGCUGGGAUAUUUGAUGGGUCGUUAGGCAUAAUCUCAGCAUUGUCUGCUUUAAAGGUGUUGAAAAGCAAAGGAAUGCUGAGCAAACUAAAACGGCCAGUUGAGGUUAUUGCAUUUAGUGAUGAGGAAGGGGUGAGGUUUCAAUCUACAUUCUUAGGCAGCGCCGCUGUAGCUGGUAUUUUACCAGUUACAGCAUUACAAAUAUCUGAUAAGAGUGGUGUAACAGUGCAAGAAAGUCUUAAGGAGAAAUCCAUAGGAAUUACUGAAGAAAGUCUAUUACAACUAAAGUAUGAUCCACGGUCUGUUUGGGGUUAUAUUGAGGUUCAUAUAGAACAAGGACCUGUGCUAGAAUGGGCUGGUUUUCCCCUUGGUGUGGUUAAAGGCAUAGCUGGACAGACUCGGCUAAAGGUUAUGGUGAAAGGAUCGCAAGGGCAUGCUGGCACUGUUCCAAUGUCUUUACGCCAAGACCCGAUGGCCGCUGCUGCUGAGUUAAUAGUAUUGUUGGAAAGCCUUUGUAAACACCCUAAGGAUUUUCUGUCUUAUGAUGGUUACUGCAAUGAUUCCAUAGUGGAAUCACUUUCCAGUUCCCUUGUUUGUACCGUUGGGGAGAUAUCUACCUGGCCAAGUGCUAGUAAUGUAAUUCCAGGCCAGGUAACUUUUACCGUGGAUUUACGAGCAAUGGAUGAUAUGGGACGUGAAGCUGUUCUUUAUGAAUUAUCAAAUCAGAUCUAUCAUAUAUGCGAUCGGCGCUCUGUAUCUUGCAUCAUUGAACGCAAGCAUGAUGCAAAAGCAGUGAUCUGUGAUUCAGAAUUAAGUUUGCAGCUGAAAUCUGCAGCCAAUGCGGCACUCAAGAGAAUGACCGGUGAAAUUCAAGAUGAAGUUCCUGUACUAAUGAGUGGAGCAGGACAUGAUGCAAUGGCCAUGUCUCAUCUUACCAAGGUUGGAAUGCUAUUUGUCCGCUGCCGCGGAGGCGUAAGUCACUCUCCUGCAGAACAUGUGUUGGACGAUGAUGUCUGGGCUGCUGGUUUGGCAGUCAUGGCGUUUCUUGAGACCCAAAUGUAAAUAGAACAAUGAGCAUGUGUUGGAUGAUUAUGUUCGUCUGCUGUUUUGUUGUUUCUUGAGAUCCAAUUGUAAAUAAAACUUUCAUUGACGUUUUACGUAUAGGAAAUGAAUUUCAUUUUUAGUUUA